AUGACACUAUUUUUUGGACGUAAAACGCAGAACACGAAAUAUUCAGUCACAAAGACCACUCUUAAUAAUAAGGUGUCUAUAUCUUUUCAUGAAAAUGGUAAAAGGCAUAAAGAGAGUGUACAAAAACAUAUCUCACAACUUAGCAAAAAAAGUGCAAAAGAGUUUAAGCAGAAAGAAAAAAUUGAUGAUGAUAUGAAGAAAAUGGAAGCAGCAGCUAUGGCUGCUUACUUAAAAGAUGUGAAAAACAAUGGUGAUCUUACAUCCAAGGUCAUAAAUGAAAUGGUGGAGAAAAGUGGUGGAAGUGCCGCAGAUAUAACAUUAAGCUGCACUGCAGAUAAAUCAGCUCCAGACUGGCAUGAAAUCAAAAAUGAUAAUGGAAGCUCAUAUUUCUGGAAUACAAAAACAAAUGAAACCUCUUGGGAACCUCCAGACAAUUACUUAUCAAUAGCUGAUCAAGAAAAGAAAAAUCUGAAGAAGGUUCCGCCUAGCAAACAGCCAGAACCGAAGCAGAAAAAACCGAAGAAACCUAAGAAGAAGGAUUUAUCAAAGAAUAUUGGAACUUUCAUAGAAAAUAAGAAGUCAAAUAAGGUGGGGUUGGAUACGUCAACUGUAGUUGGACCUCAACAUCCAAUUAAUCCAUAUGGGUCAUGGACUCCUGUUGUGAAUGUGGCCGCGGAGAAUGUAGACCUGCAGCUACCGAGGUCCGAUAAGGAGUUGCCCCCGCCACCGGUGGUCGUCGAGCCCGAAGUGGUCCAGUUCAAGGAGAAGCGUGUCGAAUCGCUGGGCGAUGGGCCGGUCAUGUUCAAGAAGCGGAAACUCAACAACCCCAAAAGGAACAUGCGACAGAAACUUGACGACGAC